CGAAACGAAACGCUCUUAUUUGUGUUCGGAAAGUCGUUAUAUUGUUUAAAAAAUACACAGCAAGAUGCCGAGAACAAAUUUUUGCUGUUCGACCAGACAAUAUUAUUCACAAGCUCCAAAUUUGGUUGACACAUUGAUUAUAAUACCACGUGUAGUGGUGUGCAAAAAAUUAAAGAAAGGCCAAAUAUAUUCGCAAACUAUUUCUAUCAAGAAUAAAGGCCUGUAUGCACGCAAUUUAGAAUAUGCCACUGAUAGUCUACAGGACACAAAAAUUAUUUUUCCCCAAGACUCGGACUAUAACUACUUGCAACCCGAUGAAACUUUUGAUUUUAAUGUUGUGAUCACACCAACCGCGAAUAGUUUGCACUCCGAUUGUAGACAUAUUUACAUACAAUCCAAGCAUCCCAAUAUAACCUUCGAAAUCCCCAUAAUCGUCUUAAAAGCGAAGAAUCAAUGCUGCAUACCGAAGUCCAUUGACUUCCCCGGCUCUGUACCGCAAGAAUAUGCUUACUACGAGUUUGUCGCUUUCAAUCCAACGAAUGAGCCUCAAUCAAUUAUGAUAAAAAGGCCUCCACAGAAGAUUAAGGUAUCCCAAAGUAACAAAACUAUUCCAAAGAACGACUAUAUCAGGAUAUUUCUGGAACUCAAAGUAACUGAUGACAAAAUUACACAAGUAGAAAUCAGAUUCAAAGUGGAUGCUUUGUUUUACGAAAUAAAAUUAUUGCACAACCCAGUCAAAAAUAGUGUGUACUUCCACACAGAUAUUUUAAUCUUUGAACAACUGAAAUAUGAACGUGAAUCGACACAUCUCGUUAUGGUUUGCAACGAGUCAGCUGCCGACAUAGAGUUAACUGCCACAUUCCUUACCGAUGCAACGCAGUUGGAGCCAGAGACAACCCACAAUUUCGAGGAGAUACAAACACGUCGCUCCUCUAUUGCGAGCUCUUAUUCUGCCAACGCUUACCACCCUAUCGAUGCGAGAGAUUUCAAUCUAUUUGCUUAUAAAAACUUUAGUAUCGAAAGUGAGAAAUUUACAAUCAAAGCCCAGAGCUCAAAGGAGCUAACUGUGAGCUUCCAUCCAGUUAUGGUGCCGGGAUGUGAUUUCGCUGAUAACGCAUUGCCACCGUUUAAAGUAUUUACGAAACUAUUUCUAACUCUAGCUGAUGAUGCGGUGCCAUAUCAAAAGUCAAUAAUAAUCCAAGGCUUUAUAAAUGGGGCAGAUAUAGAGAUUUACCCACAGGAAAUACAUUUGCGUGAAAUUUACAUGGGCGAAGAACAUUGUGAAAUUGUGAAGGUUUUGAAUGUGGACCCGAAAAUUAAUGCUGCUGUAAAAUUCAAAGAUGUUUUAUAUCCCGGCACUGCUGGCGCCGUGGUGAAACCAGAAGCAGGCUACACUUUGGGGCCAUGCGAAUGUGGCACAUUCCGAAUUUCAAUGUUUAUAAAAGUUAUUGGCGCUUUCAUAGCGAAGCUACGUUUCAAGGUCAAAAAUGGUGACAUCUUCGAAGUAAAUGUAAAAGGUCACUCGUUGCCUGCACGACUAAAAAUAUUUCCACCCGUUUUGGAGUAUGGUUGUAUACCAUUUGGAAUUCCACGUAAACGUUUAUUAUUAUUUGUAAAUCCAUUUUUGGUACCUGUUACGGCACAAGUAACCGUUGGAGAUGAUGGCGAUGAAAUACCGCUGGUGUUAAAUGUAGAAGAUGCCGAUGGAUUGCAACCGAUAACUGUUAAGGACUAUACAGCUGCCAUGUUGGCGAUGUCGCAAAGAUCCAAUGAUACAGAGUAUUCUGAAGAACGAACGGUGGAGUUGACAAGCAAGUCGGAUUCUUUGGCGUCAUACCGUUCAGUGAGCACGGAAAUCUCUACGUGUAGUACCUAUUUUGAAGACGAAGUUCUAAAUGUCAUUCCAGAUUUUGCCUUCACUAUCGUAAAUAAAAUAAAAGAGGAACGCUAUUUGGAGCAGAGAGAGCCUGAGGAAUGUGUUGUUAGCGAAGCUUUAGAAUUAAUGCUGAACACAAAUUACUUUAGUACGCUCAAGCAAUUUUCUAACUAUGCCCAAAUGGAUUGGAAUAUUAUACCGUUUAAUCCGAAGGAGAUUUAUUGUAAUAAGGAAAUUAUAUACCUACAACCCAAUGCGGGUAAAAGUGUUUCGGUGCUACUCAUACCAAACAGAGUCGGAUUAUUCGAUCGACCGUUAAAAAUACGUAUUUGUCCGAUUGACGAAGAAGAUCAAGACAUAGGCGUAGCCGAUGCCAGUUGGGAUUAUCGUGAAAAGCUUUUCAUACAUAGUAAAAUGUUUACGUCUAAAAUUUGGUUGAAAUAUUCUUGCCGUUUGCCAGAGAUACAUUUCACCCAAGAUAUUAGUUAUGAAAAGGAAACUAUUUACGUUGGCGAAGAGUACAAAUUUGGUAUGGUUUUUAAAAAUGCGAGCGAAGUGCCGGGAUUCUUCUACUUCGAUAUUGUGCCUGUGGGGGAACUUGGCGAAUUAAUCUUGAAUGAUAAUAUUUUGAAAUAUUAUAUACCCGCAUCCGAAAUUGUUUUAAUAGAAGGCAAAGUAAUAUUUCAUCGUGCGGGUGAAGUGAAGCUCUCUGGACUCAUAAAAGUAGUGGGAAGCAUAAACGGAUCGCCGUUUCAUAUAUACGCGAAUGUAAAAGCAACAAAAAUCAAAUUAUCAUCAACAGAAAUUUACAUGCGACAAAAAGUGCUCGAACGUACUGUACUUCAUUUCUACAUAGAAAAUGAUACACCAACGAAAACAAGUUUCUCUAUGAAGCUGAAAAGCUACAAAUACCAAUAUAUUGAACCCAGUGGCGCUAUACUUUCCCCCAAAGGGCAGGGCAUGUACGUUUCAAUUUUCUCGAAAUUCUACGACACCGAUAUUUAUCACAAUACUUUAGUCAUAAAUCUUCUAAACAGUUCCACUAUUGAGAUACCAAUGACCUACGCCGUAGAAGGUUCCCCCAUUAUUAUGGAGCCAAAUAUAUUCAAUGGCCAUGAUUUUGGCACCCUUAUGAUAAAUUGCCAGGAAAAGUACGAAACUGAUGCACCGAAAUACACCAAAGAGGUGAAAUUGACCAAUAAAGGCAAACAUAGAUAUUGUUUUUACAUCGAUAAGCUACGAAAUAACCCUGCAAAGUGUGCAAUUGAACUUGGACGUGGUCGUUUGACGGUGUUACCGAAGAUUCUAUGCCUCGAACCACAAACGGAAGGGACUUUGUAUAUAACGGCUGACGCCUGUGAAGCGGGCACAUUGUAUAAUGAAUUUCUUAUCAGAUUUAUCGAUCAGGAACACAAGUUGAAGGUGCACACAGCGCGCUUUGUAGUCACUGCCAUAUUCGUGGAACCGGAAAUACAUUGGUGCCAAAAAAUUAUACAUAUCGAAUACAAUAGAACCCAUGUUUACAAAGAACAUCCAGUACUGGCCACGGCACGUUUAAAGAAUAUGAGUGAUGUGCAAAUUAACGUCGCGCUCAAAAUUUUGGGACCCUUCAAAAUAAAGCAAUUGUUUGAAAAUCAUUUCACAAAAACUAUCCAUUUCGCAAUGAAUGGCAUGGAAGAGAAGGAAAUAAUAAUAUCGCUACAUAAGUCAGCUAUACGCGAUGAAUUUUGUUCCACUGUAGAUGGACGCAUUUUCUGCGAUGCAAAUAAUAAGUUGCAGAGAUCAUUGCCAUUGAAAUUACGAAUCCGCAGUCCGGAAUUGAAAAUCACACUGCAGGAUAUGAUACUUUUUACACGAGAAAUCGAGAGUCUCACUUAUGUGGAAAUAGAAAAUAUCUCUUGUUUGGACGCGCAAUACAAAUGGAAGAAAGUUGAAGAGAAAACGACGUAUGUGGCAGAUUACGACGACACUUACCAUUUUGCACGCGACAUACUCUCCGAAAUUCUUCGUAUGCUGGAGAUUGAUGACACCCACACGGAAGAGGAUUCACUUUAUCAACGAAAUAUGACAUUACGUUAUCAGAAAUAUCGUUGCAAGUUGCACAAACUGGAGGACCCGAUCGGUAUUGCGACAAUCAUCGAUGAACUCAUCAAUAAUUUAGAUUUAGAGCAUAAGCGUUACAUGGUGAACAUGAAUGAAACGAACGACACUUGUUUGAGUCCGAAGCGUUGCACUUCGGGCGAAUUUGUACGCAAAACUUUAGAUGUCGUUUUGCAUGGCCUGAAAUUGGAAGACUCGUACGACAUAUCGGAGGAGAGUUUAGAAGAGUGUGACAAAGAACGCACUAUACACUUUUUUGAGAAGAGCGGUUUUGUAGAUAAAUUCAGUGUAAUGCAAUCCGCGCUCUUUUUGCCGCCAGUGAAACCGGGUUAUGCCAAAACGGCUACAUUUAUACUCGAAACGGUUGGAAGUUGUCCACAGCAAUUCAACAUAACUCUAGUGAAUUUGGAAAGAGUUAUGGAAUUCUCAUCUGAAAGCAUAUAUCUCGGUGCUAAGCCCUGGUAUGAGCUCUUCAACGCCUCGGUGAGAAUAACCAAUGUCACUCAAUAUCCCAUCACGGUUAGUAUGGGUCACAAAACAUUAGUGGACAAAAGUCAACAACUUUCCCGAGGAUAUGCGAAAAUCAUUGGGGCUAAAAAUUUUGAUAUUUGCAAAUUCAAAUCGAAGCUAUUGAGAGCCGAGGGCAUUAUGGGCUUAUCCGAUGAAUUCCUGCAUGAAAUUCAAGUGACUGCCAAUAAGAGUGAAGAGCAGAUUAUACAAUUACGCGGCCAGGGCGUCAUGCCGAUAAUAGCAGUAACCACGAAAUUGCAGCGUCCUACACAAUUGUUUUUCGAGAUAUUAAACGAAUAUGAAUUGCUACGAUCCAUCUACUAUUUCGAUGUAUUCAAAGCGCUAACCGAAUACGAUGACGAUAUGCCAGCGCCAAAAGAGGAAGACAAUAUUAGUAUGCGCACCCUCGAAUACUCGAUGAGCAGCAGCAGUCACACAGACACCACCACAAGCACCACCAGCAGUCGGCAAGCGCGUUUCUUUCGCAUGAUGAAAACCUAUGUAAUUGUCAAUAAUAACGCCGAACUGCCGAAUGCAAGCGUAUUGGAGCAAUUGAUCGAGACACAAAAAUUUAUCAAACAAUUGCAAGAAAAUCCAAAAAGUGCGUGCUUGUUGCGCAAAGUGCAUCAGGAUUAUGUGAAAAUGAUCGGUAACUAUGGUGAAUCGAUGCCAAUUAACUUGAAGCAUUUCACCACACAACCGCUACCAUUCCAACAACAAGGAUACGUAUUGAAUAUGAAUCAACUGAUUUUGGGACAAUUGAGAAAGUUCAUCAUCGAUUUGCAUUUCUAUGGGCCGGGAAAAUUGAUUGCAUCUGUGCGCACUGAAGUGAAAAUACCCGGAUUGUAUGUGGAUUUCAAAGUGAAAAAGAGCGAGGAUCACGAUUAUAUAUUUUAUGCGGCUGAAAAGAAAUCGGCCUCCUUAUUUGGCAAACGUUAUCGCAACGUUUUUGAGCGUAUCAUCGAUGCGGAAACGGAUCCCAAAGUCAAGCAUGCACAUUCGUUCGACUUAGAUUGGGAAGAGCACCAUACGCGCUUGGAGGUCGGCGCUAAGCAGCGCAAAGAAUUACAAAACUACUAUAAUAGCUUGAAUAAAUCGGUGUAUGAAGAUCACAGACAUCACUUUACGCUGUGCAAAAUAUUCAGCAACAGCAAAAGGAACUACUUCAGCGGCGAAGCGCGCAUUGUAAUAAUUUUUAAACCCGAAGCGAAAUACUACGAAGAAGGACAACUGCUUGAGGAUUACCUAUACGUUGAUCUGCAUUUAGGCCCCACAUUGCCCAUUCUGAUGCGUGGACUCAUAUCUAAGCGUGAACAAAAAUAAAAAUAAACUCGAGAGAUCUUAUUUGUAUAUAUUUCACAUGUAAAAUUGCUUAUUAAAUAUAUUGCUUAUAAUUUAUAAUUCAAAUAACAAUUUUUUUUUUGUU